CGGUCACACUGUGAUAUUCAGGAAAAAAGCGAUUCCGAUUUUUUAAGUGCAAAAAAUAAGUUUUCGCCACGUCAAGAAGCCAACCAGUCUAUCCGCCAAGCUGUUUAAUCUACCGCAAGUCUAUAACAGGACGACGGAAGACAGUCGUCACAGCAGCAGCAGCAGAAUGACCGUGCACGAAUUCAAGGUAGAAAUGACCUGCGGCGGGUGUGCCAGUGCCGUGGAGCGCGUGUUGGGUAAAUUGGGCGAUAAGGUCGAGAAAGUCAACAUUAACUUGGAGGAAAGAACGGUUACCGUCACGUCGAACCUGUCGUCCGAUGAACUGUUGGAACAGCUGCGCAAGACCGGCAAGAGCAGCUCGUACAUCGGUGUGAAAAAAUGAGACGAGUUCCUCAGCAAGUUUCAGAAAUACGGCAAGCUGAAACUUGAAGUCUAAUAGGCACGACGCAGGCCAGUCCCCACAUUGCCGAUAUCACUUAUGACCCAUACACACCAUUCGAGCUGGAGAAGCUGCUUGGUGCAUUCCUUCAGUGAUACUCAAGAUGUAUGCGAUGUGCAUAUACUUGCAUAGCAACGCGUAUAAUCAUAGGAAGCAAAGGAAAAAGUUGAAUCAUAAUUAAUCAAAAAUAAAUAGGAGUUAUCUACAA